GCAGGUGAUGAAACCUCCAGCCGAGGCUGAUUCUAAGAGCUGCAGACAGCCCCCCACCAGGCCGGCCUUGGGGCCAUCAGUAGCUCCAGGUUUCUCGAAGACUUGCCCAGGGGUGGGUAGCGCACUGCUUACUUGCAGCCUUCUGGGGCCAGUCCAGGCUUGCUCUCCGGGUGUCUCCCCGCCCCUCUGCUUGUCUCUUCUUUUAGUCUUUCACAUAGGAGGCCCUGCAGGCUCUCAGAGCCGCCCCUGUCCUUCCUUUAAGAGCCCAGUGCCUGCCCGUCUGGGCCCAGGAAGCUGUGGUGAGCUCUGGGGUUUCUCCUCCACCGGGCACUGCUGGGAAGCUGUCUGCAUUCCAUUCUGCCCAAUUUUCCGCCUCUGGGCUCUGCGGGGUGCGGUUGCUUCAUGCCUCUGUGAGGCAGACUCCUGAGACUUGAGCGAGACCAGACGCUGGCGAGAUCCUGGUGCUGGAGGUGGAAUCGCCUUCUCUUACAGCCCUCGAGCCAGAAGCUGACUUUUCAUGGAAGUGGGGUGCCAUCGUGAUUCUUCUUAAAACUGUCCUCAGUUUGCUUCCCUGGCUCCUGGCCACUCUGGAAGGGAGCGGGUGAGGAGGAAGGAUAGUGCUUCGUUUUCCUGGGAUCUUUCUUAGGCUCCAGAGACCUUCCGUGAAGAGGAGUUUCCAGGCAGGAAGAUGAGAGACUGCUUGGACACCAGCGUUGGUACAAUGAGCUCCUGCACUGGUUAAAGGCAUCGCCACCUCCUGGGCAGCACUGCAAGGGCUCUGGAUUCGCAGAGAGUCGAAAUGACCAUGACUGCCAACAAGAAUUCCAGCAUUACCCAUGGAGCUGGAGGCACUAAGGCCCCCCGGGGGACUCUGAGCAGGUCUCAGUCAGUCUCUCCACCUCCAGUUCUCUCCCCACCGAGGAGCCCCCUGUACCCGCUCAGUGACAGUGAAACGUCAGCCUGCAGGUCUCCAAGCCGUUCCAGCUCCCGGCUGCUCCUCAAGGACUGGCACCCCUGUGACCCUUUACCCCCCAAUCCUGAAGCUCCCGCCCCAGACACUUCGCCACCCAUCUGCCCCCUCAAGUCCGGCGUUGGCCCUGCGUGCCAGAGAGGGGACUGGAAGGAGAACAUCCACGCCGCGGCCCAGGAUGUAGAGGGGGUCGCUGCCUGCCCGCCCCUUGCCCGGAGCACACCGUCCCCAGGGCCGGCCUCCAGCCCACGGAGUGUCGUCCUAAACCGCACUGGCACCCGUGCCCACAGUCUGGGCAUCCGGGAGAAGAUUUCAGCAUGGGAAGGUCGCCGCGAGGCUUCUCCCAGGAUGAGCAUGUGUGGCGAGAGGCGGGAGGGCUCGGGGGGCGAGUUGGCGGCCAGUGAGGGCUGCCCCAGCGUGGCGCCGUCCCCGUGUGGCUCGGAAAAGACCUUUGAUUUCAAGGGCCUCCGGAGGAUGAGCAGGACCUUCUCCGAGUGCUCCUACCCUGAGACCGAGGAGGAGGGAGAGGCGCCCCCGGUGCGGGAAGCCUGUCCCCGGCUGGAGAAGCGGCCUGGCCGGGGCGAGCCCAGCGCCUUCCUGCGGGGGCAUGGGGGCGGCCGGAAAGAGAGCUCAGCCGUGCUGAGCCGGAUCCAGAAAAUCGAACAGGCCCUGAAGGAGCAGCCGGGCCGGGGCCUCCCCCAGCUCCCCAGCAGCUGCUACACCGUAGACCGGGGGAGAAGGCAGCCGGGGGCCUUGGGCACAUUGGAGGAACUGGAGGGGAGCGCGAGCGGGAGCACUGGCAGCCGGGCAGCGGGUGGCACCGGAGUCGGGGGGGAGGCGGGCCCGCCCCCAGAGAGGGAAGGCAGCAGCUCCACGAAGCCAGGGACCCCGGGAAGUAGCCCCGACUGCCAGCUGCUGCCAUCGAAGAGCUCCCCAGACCCCGCUGUGAACCCCGUCCCCAAGCCCAAGCGCACCUUCGAAUACGAGGCUGACAAGAACCCCAAGAGCAAGCCAAGCAAUGGUCUACCUCCUUCGCCCACACCUGCUGCUCCACCCCCCCUGCCCUCCACCCCGGCCCCACCCGUCACCCGGAGACCCAAGAAGGACGUGCGUGGUCACCGCAAGUCCCAGAGCAGAAAAUCCUUUGAGUUUGAGGAUGCAUCCAGUCUCCAGUCCUUGUACCCCUCUUCUCCCACUGAGAAUGGUACUGAGAGCCAACCCAAGUUUGGAUCCAAAAGCACUUUAGAAGAAAAUGCCUAUGAAGAUAUUGUGGGAGAUCUGCCCAAGGAGAAUCCUUAUGAGGAUGUGGACUUAAAGGGCCGACGCGCGGGCCGAAAGUCCCAGCAGCUGUCGGAGAACUCCUUGGACUCCUUGCACAGGAUGUGGAGUCCUCAGGACCGGAAGUACAACAGCCCGCCCACACAGCUCUCCCUGAAACCCGGUAGCCAGUCCCUGCGUAGCGGAAACUGGUCAGAAAGGAAGAGUCACCGCCUGCCACGGUUACCCAAGAGGCACAGCCACGAUGACAUGCUGCUGCUGGCCCAGCUGAGCCUCCCGUCCUCCCCCUCGAGCCUGCACGAGGACAGCCUCAGCACCACGAGCGAGCUGCUGUCCAGCCGCCGGGCCCGCCGCAUUCCCAAGCUUGUCCAAAGAAUUAACUCCAUCUACAAUGCCAAGAGGGGCAAGAAGAGGUUGAAAAAGCUGUCCAUGUCCAGCAUCGAGACCGCCUCCCUGAGAGAUGAGAACAGUGAGAGCGAGAGCGACUCUGACGACAGGUUCAAAGCCCACACGCAGCGCCUGGUGCACAUCCAGUCGAUGCUGAAACGCGCACCCAGCUACCGGACCCUGGAGCUGGAGCUGCUCGAGUGGCAGGAGCGGGAGCUCUUUGAGUACUUCGUGGUGGUGUCCCUCAAGAAGAAGCCGUCCCGCAACACCUACCUCCCCGAGGUCUCCUACCAGUUUCCCAAGCUGGACCGACCCACCAAGCAGAUGCGGGAGGCCGAGGAGAGGCUCAAGGCCAUCCCCCAGUUUUGCUUCCCUGAUGCCAAGGACUGGCUCCCGGUGUCUGAGUAUACCAGUGAAACGUUUUCUUUCAUGCUGACCGGGGAAGAUGGCAGCAGACGCUUUGGCUACUGCAGGCGCUUACUGCCAAGCGGGAAGGGGCCUCGGCUGCCAGAGGUCUACUGUGUCAUCAGCCGCCUCGGCUGCUUCGGCUUGUUUUCCAAGGUCCUCGACGAGGUGGAGCGCCGGCGAGGGAUCUCAGCCGCGUUGGUCUAUCCGUUCAUGAGGAGUCUCAUGGAGUCGCCCUUCCCUGCCCCAGGGAAGACCAUCAAAGUCAAGACCUUCUUGCCGGGCGCUGGCAACGAGGUGCUGGAGCUGCGGCGGCCCAUGGAUUCCCGACUGGAGCAUGUGGACUUCGAGUGCCUCUUUACUUGUCUCAGUGUGCGCCAGCUCAUCCGAAUCUUUGCCUCGCUGCUGCUGGAACGCCGCGUCAUUUUUGUGGCUGAUAAGCUCAGUACCUUAUCCAGCUGCUCCCAUGCUGUGGUGGCCUUGCUCUACCCCUUCUCCUGGCAACAUACCUUCAUUCCUGUCCUUCCGGCCUCCAUGAUUGACAUCGUCUGCUGUCCUACCCCCUUCCUGGUCGGCCUGCUCUCCAGCUCCCUCCCCAAGCUGAAGGAGCUGCCGGUGGAGGAGGCCCUGAUGGUGAAUCUGGGAUCGGACCGAUUCAUCCGACAGAUGGAUGAUGAGGACACGUUGUUACCUAGGAAACUACAGGCGGCUCUAGAGCAGGCUCUGGAGAGGAAGAACGAGCUGAUCGCUCAGGACUCCGACAGCGACUCGGAUGACGAAUGUAACACCCUCAACGGGCUGGUGUCGGAGGUGUUUAUCCGCUUCUUUGUGGAGACGGUUGGACACUACUCCCUCUUUCUGGCCCAGACCGAGAAGGGGGAGCGGGCCUUCCAGCGAGAGGCCUUCCGCAAGUCCGUGGCCUCCAAGAGCAUCCGCCGUUUUCUGGAGGUUUUUAUGGAGUCGCAGAUGUUUGCUGGCUUCAUCCAGGACCGGGAGCUAAGGAAAUGUCGGGCAAAGGGCCUAUUUGAGCAGCGAGUGGAACAGUAUUUAGAGGAACUCCCAGACACUGAGCAGAGUGGAAUGAAUAAGUUUCUCCGAGGUUUGGGCAACAAAAUGAAAUUCCUUCACAAGAAGAAUUAGAGCUUUCCCAGCCAGAGAGUCCAGUGCCUUGCAGAUCCUGGAGCCUGGGGAGGGGGCACAGCCCAGGACCCACGGGGCUGCCCUGACUGAUCUACCCUGCCCUCCAAGCCAGCGCACCUCUGCCUUCAUUAUAUCCCAGGAUACUGUUUGUAAAUAAUCUGCUGUAAGCUUUCUUAUCUGUUUUUGUAACAAGCAAAGAGAAUCUGGUAAAUAUUUGUAUUUUCCCAAGGGGCCGGUGCUUUCCUGUCCUGCCUGAGCUUGGAUGAAGUCUUGCUGGGUGCUGGUGACUGGCCAAUUAUGUGCAGCUGACUGUUUCAGCCAAACCACUGAUGUUCCCCUGGAGGCUCCUGGCCUGCCUGAGGCCCCCCCCUUGCCAGUCUUGAAGCAGUCUGGAGAGCCCUGGAGAGCAGAUGUUAUCUUGUUAUAUUCAGGGGGACUAUUUGGGGUUUUUUGUUUUGUUUUGUUUUUUUGAAUCUUAGUAUGUUUUUUUUUUUCUUCUAAUAGUCUCUCUUCCAUAAACCUGUUUGUGAAAGGCAAAAGCCAGUCAAUCUCCAUUUGCGACCUGGUACCAGGCUACUAGAUCUGGUCUUCUCUGGUUCCUCCAACCUUUGAGAUGGUCAGUGAGUCAUGGGAAGCCCACUCCCCAACUCUGCCAGUGCUCUCCGGGUCCAGCUCCCAGUCUAUGGUGGCCAUGAUGCGGUACAGGGCAUCCCUCCUCCCACCAUCUACGGGUCUUCUCAAUAAACAGUGUACAGUUGUUUGG